AUGGCAGAAGGAACUUACGAUUACGAGUGCAUGAGGGCCGAAUUAUUGGGCUUAGAAAAACCAGAUCUUGAAACUUUCGAAAAAGAGAAACAACAACAGAAAGUUACCGAAGAUGAGCACUUAAAUGCUGAACUACAGGAAGUGAAUGAUACUGACGCUGGUCUGAAGGAAGUAUCAGGAGGAUUAGAUGAAUUAAACAGUAUAUUGUCAAUAACGCAACAAAAAAUAACCAAAUUUAAGACAGUGUGUGGUAGUCUAACAAACUUAUUGAAAAUAAAAGUUGGUGGAAAUAGUAGUUCAUCAAAUAGUUUAUCAGAAAAUGCAGAUGCUGAUAUAUCAAAGAAAGAUUUAUAUGUAAAUGCAGAUGUUGAUGAUCUUGACAUGAAGUCAAGACCUAGUGACGACUCUAAGCCAAUUCCAGCAAAAAAAUUAACAUUAGAAGAGCAGAUGGUUUCGCAAAUGGAUAAACUUGAUUCACUUAUCUGCAAGGCAGAUAAUGCUCAAUACUCAAUGAGUGAACAAAAUAAGCAAAUGAAAAAGUUUUUGAAAUAA